AUGGACACGGAGGAGGCCGUGUACUACCACACGUCCGUCUGGUGGUCGACUGGGUGGGGCUCUUCUGUCCUUGGAUGCGCCGAUGCGCCCACCGGCGUGCUGGAGUUAAGCGCCAAUUUCACGGACCGAGGCUUCCCAGAGCGGCAGACUCAUCUGCAUGGAGAGUCUGUAUCUGGUGGACGAUCCCAUUCUGCCGUACGAACAGAGCUCCUAGGGGGAGGGGAGACCUUACGUCUUCCGGGCCAUGCCCGAAUGGUUGGUGGAUGA